CUGCAUUAGUUAUUAGUUACGAAAUAUUACACUACCAGGUUGGCUGGACACGGUAAGGUCGGUCAGUAAUGCUCAGUAAUCCACCAAAGGUCGGCGCGUUAUACAAUACAUAGACUAUAAAAAAUCGUGUUAAUUGAUUUAAUAAAACCUUUAUCGAUUAUUCGUGAGUGAAAUCGAUUCAAAAAAAAAGUCAGUUGCAAUUCGAAAUUUGAAACGUGCUAUAGACAAUAAUGGAGUUAACAAAAGUGUGUUAUAUUGGGACUCUUUUGUCUUUUCUGAUGUUUGAUAUCCUAAUGGAAGGAUCGACUCAGGAGACUUCGUUUGAAUUACCAGUGCAGUUAGUUGGAUUCCCUUUCAUCAUUGUAGCUGUUCGGCUUACGAAUUUCGUGAAGAAACUGUCGUAUGCUUUAAAUCCAGCUACCUACCGCUCCCGCAACCGUCGUGAGCUGACCCUAGAACCGGAGCCCUUCGAUGUCAAUGAAGUGGAGAAAUACAUCGUCGGCGAGUUCGGCGCACGAGCAUGUGUGUUUGAAAGGGUUUGUGCACACUAUGCAACCAGGGCGCAGGCGCAACCGCGUCCACAGUUCGACUGGCCUAAUGUGUUUAGUCAAUACAAACGCUCGCCGGAUCAAGCCAAGGAGUUCUAUCUACUCUCAGUGUUCCUGGGUGAUAUCGUAGGCUCACCGCAGUUGUGUCAUCAGAUUGGAAAACGGAGGAGUUGUGACUCUCUAGCUUAUGGGAUAGAAUAAUAAGUAAUGUAACUCCAAAGAUAAGUAUGUGAACAUGUUAGAAAUGCAUUAUCUUUUUUAUGUAAGUUGGUAGGAUGUAGUUUGUACAAAAAUGUAAUGGUAGAUUGUUGUUUUAGGUAGUUUUAGUAGGUGUUUUAAAGGCUAUUGUUUUGUUAAAGUGUAUAUUAAAUUCAAUUGGUCGUCUUUCGGUGAUAGGUAAGGGGAAAGGGUUUGUAGACCUAUUUACAUUUCAUUACACAACAAGGAAGUACUUUUUAAAUAAAGGUUAAAUAUUUUUUUGACUUGCAGCACUUUUAUAUGAUGCUAAUAAAUUUAAAAAGGCGACUUGUGAAGCGAAACAAUAAGGAAGUGCAGGAUUUUUACCUCACUGCCAUCAUUUAGUAUGGUAAUCUCCUUCACGUUCAUUGUGGAAAAAUCUCACGUCCAUCGAGGAUCUUCUCGGUGGGCAUGGCAACGCCUUUAAGUAGACACAAGGUCCUUUAAAUAGACUAACUUUGAAUCGGUGUAAUGCUUAAUUACAAACAUUCCUAUGAAGAGUUACCCUUAGAACCUAUUAGAAUAUCUAUAACUUUUUAAUAAAAAUCCAGAAAACCGAUUUAUUAUUAACUAUGAUUAUACAUAACGACAUUUUUAUUUGAAUAAAACUUAGAAUUUAGUUAGCAAAUGUUUUAGUUUUAAUUCAUAGAAUAAGCAAUAACCUACUGUUUUAGAGUAGGUUCGAAUUUGUCGGGCAAAUGUGUAAUUAUAGAAAAAGUUAUCAAUUUGUAGGUAAUGAAAAAGUAGUAAGUAGUAUUUUUAAUGUAUUUUUUAUAUAUAAGUAUGUAAUGUCUAUAAAGAUAUCACUUCAAUGUGUUCACAAGGAAUAAGUUAAGUAGUUAGUGUAUUUCAUCAUUAUCAACAGCCUACAACAGCCCACUGCCAAGCAAAGCCUCUUCUCACACUG